ACCGGACACGCAGCCACAGGCGGGAUAUUAAACAACACGUUGAAAAGUAAGUUCUGUAAUUGUUUCUAAGGUUUAUAUGUCUACUAUUACAACACUGUAAUUGAUUGAAAUGUUUAUUUCGACUAUUUAAAUAAUUAACAUUAUAUAUGGUAAUGGUAAUGUAUAAAAUAAAGAAAUUAUUGCUUUUUUAACCUUAUGAAAUGAUCCUCUUGCCUGCAUGAUUUUAACCUGCUCUGUCACAACCCAUACCGUUUUUCACCUGUUGAAAUACCUUUAAAUGGGCCAUGAUACAACCAAUCUGCCAAAAAGGACGGAAGUCAGUUUCUGGCGGACGAUCACUUUUUGGCAGCACACCGGAACUUGCCUGGAGUUGAAAGGUGAGUGACGUCACCAUGGCCAAGAUGGCAGCCUCCGCUGCGGAGUGUGGAGAAGAUGCGUUUCGCAAAGUGUUCAAGUUUUACAAGAGGAGGAACCCGCCGCCGGACUUCAGCGACGUCGUCGACUUCUCCACAGGUCGUUCCAGCUAAACUAGACCCUGCUGCAGUGAGCGAUGCGGAGGCUGCCAGGGUUGGAUUACAACCCGUUAGAGACUGGAGAGCCUUCGGCCUACAGGGCUACCCAGGGUUCAUCUUCAUCUCCAAUCCGUUCCUACUGGGCUCCCAACCCUUCUGGGUCACACAGUGUCUAAAGACCUACCCUAAGAAGCCCAACGUCUGCAACCUGGACAUGCACAUGUCUCCCUCGGACACCCAGGACAUCUGGGGCAAGAGCAUACAUGGCCUCAGCUGUCCUCCCUCUGGAAAGAGAGAACCAAAGACUCUACUGGAGCGGCUGCGCUGGGUCACUCUGGGAUAUCACUACAACUGGGAAACCAAGACUUACUCUGCCAACCAUUACACUCCUUUCCCGGCUGACCUGCACCGGCUGUCCUCCCAGCUGACGGCCGCCUGUGGGUUUCAGGGGUUCAACGCAGAGGCCGGAAUCCUCAACUACUACAGAUCGGAUUCCUCUCUGGGGAUCCACGUGGACGAAUCGGAGCUGGAUCACAGCCGACCGCUGCUGUCGUUCAGUUUUGGGCAGUCAGCCAUCUUCCUCCUGGGAGGUACAUGCAGACAGGACCCCCCCACUGCUAUGUACAUGCACAGUGGAGACGUGAUGGUGAUGUCGGGACAGAGUCGCCUCCUUUACCACGCUGUCCCCCGCAUUGUCCCGGCACCACAGGGACAAACCUCUUUAGAGGUGGAAAGCUGCGGCCUGCGGGACAACACUGCGAUGGAGCAGGUGCCGGAGCAGGAUUGGGCCGUGUGCUCAAGGUACAUCCAGAGCUCCAGAGUGAAUGUGACAGUCAGACAGGUGCUGGGGCUCGGACAGGGUUUCCCAGCAACACCCUCUCGUCGUCAAGAGACUGAUGCAGGCUGGACAAACAGUUACCACCAAGGACCAGCGGAAGUGGAAAUGAAGAGGAAGAGGAGUAGUAGCUGUGACUCAGUCGAUACGGAGACAUGAGACAGACCACAUGCUGUAACACUCACUGGAGCUGCUUUCAGACAAUCACUGAAGUCCGAACAUUAUCCUGAACUUUUGUCAGAGUGAGCCCAUGUGAGAAUACAGCAGGAGAAUCACCAGAGUGGGCGCGUCGAUGACCAUAUGCAAAAGCACAGCUUCCUGCAGCGGAGUUAUCGUCACGUCCUGCCUCCUGCUCCUCCACCCAGACGCCACAAUAUAUUCUGGAAAUGUUCCCGCUUUUUUGAACGCGUCUGAUUUGAAUCUGCUGCUGCAUUCGUCACGUCAAUGGCCAACUCCAAAGAAUGUCCGGACGUAAUUCUUUUGAAGUUCAUGGCUGAAAACAGCUUCAGAGAUAUGGCACAGCUGAUACCAGGAGUCCUCCUUCGCCGUGAUAGUGUUGCAAAAAAGAAAAAAAGACUAGGUCAAAACCUAUUAUAUGGUUGGUCCGUGACAAAAGGGGUCAAAGUGUAAACUGAACGCUCCUCUGCAGAGUUUGUCCAACUAGAAGCUUUCACAAGACCACAUUCUGACACAGUGAAGAUCUAAAAGCAAAGCAACUGAAACCAAACACUGUGUAAAAAAACAAAACCCUGAAGUGUCAUCGUCACAGCCAUCUGACAUCGGAUCCCGAAAUAAACACCUGAAAAAAGCCAAAAUGCGAGUGGAAAAAACAAAUGUUUUAAAAAAAAAAAGUGAAAUAUGAUUGGUUAUUAAAUAAUGGUCACCAAAAAAAUCCAUCCUCUAUAUUGAAAACACAGCGUGUAUAUAUUGGAGUUUGGCUGUCUUUGCAAAAAAUUGUUGGACCUUUAUUGAGGUUGAGUGGUAUUUGUGAAGAGGAAGAAACAGUUGGGGGGGGGGGGGGUCACCAUUAUUUAUUUACAAUUCACCAUAUACUAAACAUUUCUAAAUGUUUGUUUUGCUAUUAUGAAGACAAAUUUUAUUUUAUUAAAGCCUUUCUAACAACCACUGCACUCCUGUUGCUCCUCUCUUUCACAGUCCGCUCAGUUCGUUUCAGUCGACAGAAGGUAACAGUGUAGACUGGUCCAAAAUAUGCUAAACGUCAUGGGGCACAUUCCCAUGACCGAAACCACACGGAGACGAGGGCCGGUGCGCAUAUGAACUCUCAGGUACACAGCACAUCUUCUCUUUGUUCUCUCAGAAAAAAACCUCAUUCCUCUUUGGUUAAAUCUUCUAAUGUGCUGCACAAUGUUUAGAGACAGACGUGCAGAUGAAUGUGGAGAGAGCCAGAGCAUAUGUGAGAAUGUGUAGAGGUUGGAGAGAAUAUGCAAGACUGAACUCAAAAUACAUGAAUCCAAACAGUGUUGUGCACUUAACAGGCCACAAGAGGGCAGGACACACUAACAUGUUCUACUGGCAGUGAAGCGGACGUCCAACAAUGGGCCUUGCUCAUGAACCGUGCGUACGGACAGAUCAGUGAUGUCCCCAGAUGUUUUUCACGGGAGGGCGUCUCGACACGCAUUUUUCAAUGGACCGUUCUAUUCUUUUCUAGUAGGGGUGUUUUUUUCUGUUGCUGUUACUAGUCCCUCCUCUAGGUGUCACUGCACAUCCACAUGUUCGUUUUCUUGGAAACUGUCAAGGCAUGGUACACAUGACAUGACAAGAGUAUUUGUAAAUUUUAAUGAUUUUUAAAAGAAAAAAUCAGAAGAAUGUUGUCCAAUAUUCUAUAAUAAUAACACUAAUAAUAUAUUUUAUUUAUAGAGCACUUUUCAUUGCUAAAAGCAAUCUCAAAGUGCUCUUUCUAUGGUCCCUGUUUCAUACUAAAUAAAUUGUGACAGACAGAAGUAUUCUACUCAACAUUUAAGCUUUUAUGGAGAAAUGUUGUCUAAAAUAUUCUCAACCUCAAUCCGUAACAGAUUCAUUAUUUGUAGGGUACAGAUGGCAAUCAUCCUAAAUAUGGAGAAGUCAACAUGGAGGACAUAAAGUUGUCUCUCAACAAUAACAGUACUGAUGACAAUAAUAAUAAAGAAUAACACUUAUAUUCUAUUCUAUUUUUUACAGAGUGGGCCGCAGCAGGCCAACCAAGAAAUCCUCCUGGUUCCUCGUGCUCAUCUACAGUGACAGACACUCCAGCAGCAUCUUAUUUCUUUAUGAAGGAUAUAUAUUAUAUAAUAAUAUAAUAAAUACAUUAUUUAAGUACAAAACUUGGUGAAAUGAUUUCAGUUUAUUCAGUACUUUUUGAAAACAUUUUCAUCAUAUUUUAACAAUAUCGUGAUAAUACUGAUUACCCUGAAAAUUUUGGUCACGAUAAUCAUUGUUAUAGCCAUAGAGAAAUGAAUUUAAAUGUUCUGCCUUAUUAGUUGAGUAGUUGAGUGAUUCAGUCUUUAAUUUUCAUCUGUAAAAUUCAGUUACAUAUUAUAUUGAUGUCAUAAGACAUCAUUUGACUUGAUCUAGCAGUUCGAGAUGGUUAAUUUGUCCUACUGCCACAAAUGAAUCUUGCUUUUGUAAAGCGCAGCUGAUUGUAGUUUUGCCAUAUGGACAUGUUUUAUUUCAUGAACAAUCUGAUCAAGACAAAAAUGGUUUGUUUCAUUUUGUAACUGUUAUAUUAUGGAGAAUAAAUUGUCUAUUUCUUUUAUUUUA